AAAAACAAGUGACCAACAAAAAAAUGUGAAAGACUAAAUUGUGAUUAAAUAUAAAAUAAAAAGGCAGCUCAACAGGCUGUAAUACAAGCAGAAAGGUCAAAACGGCCUGAAGUCUGAGUGAUGAAAAUUGAGCUAGAAAAAUAAACAGAUUCUCCUUCAAACAAUAAACAAACCCUGUGAGAGAAUUUGGUCUGGUAGGUGUACUAUCUAUAAAAUUGAAGAUGGGAGGCAUUAGGAGAGUUCUUCCUAGCAGGGUGUGCUUCUGUGCACCCUUCAAUAUCGGUACUCAGGUUCUCCUAAUCAUCAUUAUUCUCCUCAGAAUUGCUGGAAUGGUUUGUGGAUGCUUCUACGGUCCUUAUCUUUACCUAGUUGUUUCUUUAGGAGGACUCUAUCUUUCAGCGGAUUUUCUGAUUCUCUACACAGUGUUCUGGAAAGGAGAAAAGAAUGAUGAUUGUGAAUACCCAACACAACGAAUUUGGAUAAUUCUCUGGCAAGCUAUGAAUGCAUUCGCUAUUAUUGGCCUCCUAGUUGCUAUAGGUUGGUUUAGCAACCUGGGGACCUGGGCUAUGCUUCAUGAUCCUAUUCACUUUGUUGUCUUCAUCCUCAUCAUUAUCCUCGACAUCCUCCUCAUCUAUACCGGCCUCAUCAUAUACACACUUAGCCUCUUCCUUCACGAGACAUACUUAGAUAAUGUUCUGGGAAAGUGUGGAGAAAUCGAAGAGGAGGCUGGCUUGACUUCAGGUGGUAGACGAGUGUCAAUUUAAACACGAAGAAAUGGCGACAAUAUUCCAACUCAAGACUACUCAUACGUUUCUCACCAAUUAUGUUCAAACAUUUUCAAAUCAAAAUCUUGAGUGAAACCGGUGAUCAUGAAAAUCUCUUGAAAAUUUGGUUGGUCCGAGCCGAUACAAAAUGUACUGUCUGUGCAAUAAGUUGUACCAUCAAGUCUGGACUACCCAGUUCAGAGCCGACCCAGCACGUUUUAUGCAUUAAAUGUAGCCUGGCAAGAAAACAUUGCUCUGUUUAUAGUUAUCUCUGGAAGGCUUGACCAGCACGGAAAAUCAAAAAGGAAUUAAUUAACAUAUGACUUGCAACGCACGCACCUCUGCCCCUUUACUAAAAGAAAAUUCAACCUAUAUGAAGCAUAAAGUCUGACCGCGUCAACAUUGUUGCACCGGCUAGUCCUGUCCAAAGAGCUAGGUACGGUACAAACUAGGCCCGGAAAGGUUGACCCGGCUCGGAAAUUCAAAUGGACAACGGCUGCCCGUGGACGCUUGCAACAGAAAACUUUGAAGCAAACGCGGGGAAAAAAUGACUCUAAAAAGUGAUUAUUGAAAACAGACUGAAACUAUUGAAUAAAGAUUCUAGAAAAUAAGAACCUGGUGAAGUUUUUAAACUGAAAACUAGUCAAUUAAACUAAUUUGAAAUUGUACAUUUACGAUAAGUGAAUAAAAACAGUUUUAAAGGGA